AUGGCAGUCGCCCGCGGGAAGAAUGUCAGGAAUAUCCUGAUGGAGUUGCGCAAAGUUUGCCAACAUCCAUACCUGGCAGAGCCUGAAUUGGAGGUGCGCGACCUGCCCCAAGAAGAAUUGCACAGGAACUUGGUGAAUUCAAGUGGAAAGCUGCAGUUCUUAAAGGUGCUCUUACCGAAAUUGAUGGCGAAGGGUCAUCGGAUACUGCUUUUUUCGCAGUUCAAGAUAUCAUUGGAUCAAAUCCAGGAUUUUCUCUUCGGUGAAAACAUUCUUUACCUGCGUCUUGAUGGUGACACUCCACAAGCUAUCCGACAGAAGAAUAUGGACCUUUUUAAUGCGCCAAACUCGCCUAUUGGUGUAUUUCUGUUGACGACAAGGGCGGGAGGAGUUGGUAUCAACCUGGCUACAGCUGACACCGCAGUCAUUCUGCACGAUCCAGAUUUCAACCCACAUCAAGACUUACAGGCCAUCGCCAGGGCGCAUCGUUACGGCCAGACGAAGAAGGUGUUGGUGUUCAAAUUGAUGAUUAAGGGUUCUGUUGAAGGCAAGUACUUUCUGCAUAUGACCAUCAUCGACAAGGGCAAAAGAAAGAUGGUCCUUGAUCACCUUGUUGUCCAACAACUAGGAAAAGAGCCCGACGAAAACGACUACGAGGAUCUGUUCGUCAAGAACGUCGCCGGAAUGUACGGAAAUGGCGGUAUCAACAUUCCUGAUAUCAACUAUACCUCUGCUCGUGUGGAUGAGCUCAUAGAAAAGGUCGAGGCAGACGCCGAGGCCGAAGCUCAGCUCAUGGCAGAGAAACAUCGCAAGGUCGACGAUGGAGAGAUCGAGGCAGGUGUCAGUAAAGGAGGCGCCCAAUUCGCCUUUGCCAAAAUAUGGGAGGCAGAGGGAGAUGCAAUCAAGGAAGACGAGAUAACCGACAAAAAUGAUGCGGGCGAGAUAGAUGCGGAAGAUGAGAUGGACUGGGAAUCGCUCAUGGCAACGAUAGAGAAAGAGAGAGUGGAGAAGGCGGCCAGAGAACUGGAGGACGGACGCUUGAGGCGAAAGCAAAAGGCUCAGGAGGGAAUCUAUCGCAUCUUCGAUGAGGAGGACACCCCGCAGAAACCAAACAAGAAAAGGCGUCAAAGCAAAGGGCAGGGCAGCAGAGAAUCUGACGGGGACUGGGUCAACAACAACGGCCUCUCUGAUGCAGAGAAGGACUCGCCUUUGUCCGGGUACGACCCUCUUCCUGAUGACGAUCUUAAGGAUCUGUUGUCUGGUCAUCAUGUUGCUCAAGUAGGACCCAGUCUUCAUCAUCCCCCAAAGUCCCUUAAGAGAGGACAGCACAAGAAACCCUUGUCAUCCCGGCCCACGUCUUCAGCACCCCAGCCCCAAACUCAGCGUCCUUCCGCCCCGCCUCUACCAUCCAAACAUGUGCACGAUCACAUGGUCGGCUUGUGGGAGGCUAUCCACGGUAGAGGAGCUGGAGACAAAGGGCGAUCCAAGACGGAUAACUUUGUGAGCACCCACUCCAAACCGACUCCUAAAGUACCAAGGGAAAUCGCCGAAGCACAAAAUAUUGUGCAGUGGAUGUAUCACGUCAUUCGCGAACUGGACGACUUUUCUCUCAUCGAUCGCUGGGCCAUCAUCAGCCUACCCGAGGUGACACCGGUGGAGCGUAUGGACGCCUACUCUUCUCUGGCCAAAGAUAUCGAUGUACGCCUGGCGGAAUAUGGCGAGGCAAUGUGGUUUUCAAACGAUGAGCAAGUGAAGGCCAUACAGGAGCUGUUGAGGAGCGGGUUCGAUGUCGUGCCAGAGGCACACCCAGGACCUUUGGGGUAUCCAGGAGGGAAGGCAGGUAUGAGGGACGCGGACCGCACACCUGGAAGCUUGGUCAUUCCCUCUGGGUUUCCCACGCCGGAUGAACCCAUGGCCCCAUCUCCUUUUCACCUUUCCGAUGCCGCCCCGGGCCCGGGCGGCUUCCAACAAGAUUCGCCCGCUGGCCCUUCUACCAGUCGACCACGGGACCCUUGCGAGCGAUGCAAGUCUAGAAAGCACGACUUGCGAAACUGCCCAGAAAUGUUCGGUGUGCAAACUCUGGAAAAGGCUGCCAGGGUAUAUCAUGAGCAGAAUCAUGACGCUGAGCAAAAGGCAUUGGGUAUGAAGGCCCUGGAGAGGAUGCGUAACCUACUCAUCAUGGCCGGUCGGAUAGGUUCGAAUUAUCGCAUUCCUGGGCCGUCUCCCGUCGAACCUUCGAUCUCUCCUGCCUCGUACAAGACAAACGGGGGCGUAUCACUGUCACAUUCCCAGACGAGCAAAUCAUUACCGCCGACUCUGCUCGCAGGAACGACGUUGAAACAUCCAGAAGAGAGGACGUCAGAAAAGGUGGGCGCAGAGGCGCCAGAGGCGCCAGAGAGGCUGUUGACUGGACAGCUGCGAGAAGAGGGUCUUUUGGCGCCUCUAAAGAGGAAGGGGAAGGAGCGAGAGACUAUUGAGACAAUCAUUCAAUCGAGGUCCCCAGAAGGGUAA